UUACACACAAGAGCGGAGCUGCUCUCGCUCUGCUAAUGCAGUUAUUAUAUUGGGUUUACUUACGAUAUUAGUUCAUAUUUUUCGUUGUUUUUUAUUUUAUUUUGAUAUUUAUAUAUUGCUACUUGACGGAAUUUGUAACUAUUAUUAUUAUUGAAUAUUUAUUUAGUUGUGGUGUAUAUAUUUGCAAAUCUACCUGGAUUUAUUCAAGAUAAAUUGACGAUCAACUAUAAAGCCGCUCUACCGGACUACAGCUCUCAUUGAGAUUUUGUCUUCACAUUAUUUGAGUAUUGUGCUCGUAUUCAUCGCGAUGGUCGAGCUUGUAUCCGGGGUGAGCCCCGUGGAUCGUGUUGCUGGUUCCGGGCUUCUAUGCUCGGCUUGCGGGUUCCUGCUAAUCCGGCCCAAACAAACCAUCUGCGGGCAUCGAUACUGCUCCGAAUGUGUGAUCCGCAUGUUCCAGAAGUCAGGAACCGCUGAGUGCUGUGUGUGCCGGGAGACGAUCCAGUCCUCACAGGUGUUUGCUGACAAGGCUGCGGAGAACGACGCAUCCGGCAUGGAGAUCCAGUGUCCAAACUGUACCAGCGGCUGCACCUGGACAGGACUGCUCCGAGACUACCUGAGCUCUCAUGAGAAGGAGUGUGAGUGUGCAGUGGAGCCGUGCACCAACGCUGCCUUCGGCUGUGUGUUUAACGGGGAGCGCAGGGCACUGCAACACCACGAGAGCCAAGCCUGCGACUGGAGGCUGGUCUACUGUCAACACUGCAGCUGCUCCCUGCCGCACAGCCUGCUGGAGGAUCACUUAUCAACCUGCCCGAAAAACAAGCCCAGGAAUACAGCAGAGAUACUGCCCAGAGGCACAGGGGCGGAGGAGGAACCCCAGCAAGGAGACAAUAGCUCCUGUCAAUCUGAGAGGCACAGCUCACCCAAGAAGCCCCAGUCCCUGGUAGAUGACCUCUGCUCCCCAGCUCACCUGCUCAGGCUGCUGUCGGUCAUCUCCUCCCUGCAGACUCGCCUUGACCGGGGCGAGGAGGUCAACGUCGCCUUCAAGAAGCUGGUGAUGAGCAAACUACUGGCAAUGCAGAGCCUGCUGUCCACCGAGCAGGGGGAGAGGGAGGGGGACACCCAGACCCCCAGGGAAGAAAUUGCAACGCUCAGUCAGGACCUGGCCAUCUGCAGGGGGGCUCUAGCGGAGCUCCAGAGCCGCUGCCUGGGGUACGAGCGAGCCCUGCAGCACCUCCAGAGCAGGGGGGGCGCCACCGCGUCCGAGAACGGGACCCUGGUGUGGAAGAUCAAAGGCUUCUCCGCCAGCCUGAGGGAUUCGGAGCGCAGCACGGCCCUCUCUCUCCACUCCCCCGCAUUCCUCAGCCACCCCUUUGGGUACAGACUGUGCCUCCGACUUUACCCCAGCGGAGACGGGGUGGGCCGGGGCUCCCACGCCUCCCUGUUCCUGUGUGUGAUGCGGGGUGAGUGGGAUGACGUUCUGCCCUGGCCCUUCAGGCACAGGGUCACCUUCUCCUGCCUGGACGCCUCGGGGGGCGGCAGCGACGUGCGCGAGGCCUUCCUCCCCGACCCCCUGAGCGCCUCAUUCCAGAAGCCCCGCGCUGCCGUCAACGUGGCCAGCGGCUGUCCCCUCUUCAUCAGGCACUCGCUGCUGCUCGCCCCCCACAACCCCUACCUCCGCAACGACACCCUGUACAUCAAGGCUGUCAUCGAGACACACUGACACACACAGAGACAGACAGGAACUCAAUGACACUGACAGACACAUAGACACACUGGGGGCCUAUAUCCUGGAAGGUGGGUUUUGACCCUGAAAUCUCUAUAAACGAGCCCACAGACAAACACUCGAAUCUGGGGGAAGCCUGCAACCUGUUCAGCUCUAUCCAGGAAUGCAUGACUGCAUCCAGAGCUGGAGACACAGUCUGUGGACCGAGAUGCAUUCAAACACUGAAUCAGAAUUCACAGAGACUGCAUGCUGCUGCCUCUCGCUGACACGAAUAGAGGGGGGCAAUGCUAUUUACUGAUAUUUAUGUAGAGAUUUUAUUUAUGUAUUUAUUUAUUUAAUUUAUCACGUUUUGAUCCUGUACCGCUGACUUGAAAUAUAAUGUCUGUUGCACUUGGUAGCUGCUUGUCUAUAUCCUUUGCUCUAGUACUGCAAAUCUGGCGUUAACACUGGAUCUAUGUGGAAAAUGACAAAACAUGAAUAAAUAACUAAAACAUGUAUAGCAGUGUUUCGUAAAAACUGUGAGAAGCGAUUGAUUACAAAGCAAGACACUACAAUGCAUUGUAAUACAUAGCAAAGUCAUACCUGGUGGUAUUAUCGCACAUUGCUUUACUAUACAGAGCAGCACCAGUCUGGACACUUCAUAUUUAUUUUAGGUUUAGAGAAAAAUAAUCCGAGCUCAACACUGGAGCAAGAGAACCACAAUCCCAGCGACUGAAACAGCGUGGGAAGUGUUAGAAGGUAUUAAAAAGGCACCUGAAGUUACUUCAGCUACGUUUCCAUCAGCUACUGGGACCAAGCUGAAAGCGGUUUGAACUCAGACUUGUUUAUUUCAGCAGAUCUGAGAUCAAAUCCAUUUCAAUUGCCUGUCUGUCUGUCAGCCCCAGUUAGGAUGGCAGAGCUCCAUCUCCACAUCGAUGGUGGAAGUUACAUAGCAAGAAGGAUGCUAGAGAGAAUUCUAAAUCUGCAGUAAAAAACAUGUGUGCCGAGCAUGAAGGCAUGAAUAUAUUAUACUGCGAGGGAAAUAGGAGAGGCUGGUGAAUCUGUUUCUAAAUAGCAACUAUACAAUGAUACAUACAGGUGAUCUUUUGUGUUGCUUUUUGGAUUGUAGACUGGAGAUGGAACCCAGUUUGAUACUGGGAAUGAGAUGAGAUUGAGUUUCACAGACUGGUUUCAUGGUUCAUGGAAAUGGGACUUUACUGAUAAUUGUCGGCUUAGGAGAUGGUGAAAAAUAUAAUGACCUUUGCUGUCCACGCUCCAGAAAUAAGCUGACAAACAUCGCAUUGUUUUCAAUGUAGGAUAUAUUGUACACUGUUAAUGGAAAACAAAUGUACACUUUGAAAAAGAUGUAAACUGUGAAAUAAAGUUCUAUAUUUUAAUAAAGUUCUAUAUUUUAAUAAAG